AUGAUCACCCCGCAGUUUUCGGUACGGCAGGACGACGAGUAUGUGUAUAUUGACAUAAAGGUCGUUCAUCUAAAGGCCCAGAAUGCAGAGAUCAGCGCUGAGGGCGAUGUCUUUUGGUUUUCUCUGUCGCCGUACUACUUGCGCCUCCAUUUUCCGGGAAACAUAGUAGACGACGACCGCGCAAGCGCUUCUUUAGACAUUUCAAAAUCGAUACUGAACGUGAAAUUCCCCAAAGAGACGCCCGGUGAAGUGUUUCCAGACCUAGAUCUGAUGACAAAACUGCUAGCUCGUUUGGAUGGCUCGGAGGCGCCGGUGAAGAAACCUCUGAUUCAGGAGAUUGGAUCAACGCCUAACGAUGAUUCCGAGAUGCAAGACGAUCCGGCAGACUUGAGCGAGAAACAAAAGAGCUAUAUUCAAGAGAUGACCGACGCCCAGUCUUUUGACUGGCAGAUCGAGCAGGAGAUGCCAGACAGCGAAGAGCUUUUAACAGCCAGAUAUGGGUUCAAUCUACAGUACAGUGGGUAUCUGCAGCAAACCAGAGAUAUAGGCAACGACAUAAACGACCUAGAUGACCCCGAAACUAGUACUAUCGAAUCGAGACGUGAGGAACGGAUCAAGAAGGAAAACGAGAAAUUCGACCCGGACUAUUACUACGCAGACUUUGCGGGCAACGACGAGAUUCCUGCGCUCAUCGCCUACGAGCCGUCGUUAAUACGACUGGCAAAGGAGGUGCCAGGCACAACUGCUGAGGUUGAAUUUUCGGAAGAAGAAAAGAAGAAGAUGUUGGAGCUGCCUCGAAGAACUUACAUGAUCGAUUCGAUGGAGAGCAUGAGAUCGUUAUAUCUCAACCUGAUUCCCAUCGUUUUCGCUUAUUGCUACGAUAUGCGGACAAUGAUGGACGAUCACACUUCAGAAUCAGCCUGGACGGUUGGAAAAUUAGCAGCAAACGUGGCCUGUCUUGACUCUUCAUUCCCCUCGAUUCAACAGAUCAAGAUAGCCUGCCUCCGGAGAGCUCUCGCAUACCCGCUUUACCGAAACUACGACCUUGCCCUGAAAUGCUGGGAAGAUUCGCACCUGAUAUUGCGGGCAGGAAAACGAGUAGUUUUGAAAGCUCUGCUGGACGUGAAUCAUCUAUUCGCGUUCCACGACGUAUAUUACGUUUACUCGAAAAUCGUCACCGAGGACUACUGCUCCUGGAUCCAGACCGCGAACGACGCAGUUUUGCAAAGCUUGGCGAAUGAUAUGAAGAAUUGCCAGACCUCAAAAGAGGAUCUCUCAUGGGGCCUUGAGGCUAUAGAAACAGCAGCAGUAUAG